AUGUACUGGGCUUACGUACGAAGCUCUGACAGGAAAACAGAAGCAAUCUGUACCACACUGCGAGCAAAUAUUCUCCGAAGGGCGUACUUGACUUUCUUGAAAGGAAAGGUCAUAUAUCAGAGGCUCGUUUUGUUGAAGUUGUACGCAAAUUGGCACAAAGCUGCAGAUGGACGGGUGAUAUCUGAAGAAUUGCGAUCGAAAUACAACACGGAAAUGGUUAACUUCAUACUAGAUGACUGGAUGCCCUGGUGGAAAGAGGACAGAAAUUUUGCCACACUCGAUGUUUUAAGACCGAUAAAGGGAAUUCAAGGCUUCACAAGGGAAAUCGUUGUUGCUUUAAUUGCGAAUUGCAAAAGUAUGGAAUUGCGAAGACGAGAGUACGCUAACAGAGGAAUAUCACCUGAACACCCCUGUGCAAGCAGUACCGACAACGUUGAAGGCUUUUUCUCACUUCUUCAUGGCCAUUUGGGGGAUGUUUUCGAUCACCAGACUUUCUUGCAACAGCAACCUAAAUUGCUGAGCGAAUUUACAAAGAUGAUCGACCCUGAUCUGAGUUUCUAUUAUUGGACUGGUCAUAAACAUGGAUACACUUCAGAGCCCCUUCCUUCUUUUAAUGAAACAUCCGGUAAAGUCGAGAGGCUGGAUAAAACCAAGAUAUCCCGUCGGUCCAACCCUGGUGUGUUUGUUGCAAACCGUGCAUCACUGCCACAAAGAAAUUCGUUGACAGCAAGAGCGUCCUUCCAUAGAGAUGCAGAAAGGCUACCACCAUUGACAAUACAUGAAAGUGCUACUCAAUGA